AUGGCUGACAGUGUCAUCCUGGGGGGUCAAGCUCUUGUUCCGGAGGGCUCUAGCCCAUCAUCAUCCACCUAUCUUCAGAUAGGAUUCUUCCAAUCAGCAGUGCUUCGCCUGAUUGAAUAUUAUCAAACUCCACAUGCAGCUUGCGCUGAAUUUAAUUGGGAAGAUUAUAUGGAAAUUAGCACAACUAGCAUUGCGUCAUAUCUCCUGAAUGCUACAAAAGACACCAGCUACCCCCUUGACCGGCUAUCCACAGGCAAAGGACUCUUAUACCAAUAUGGGAGACUUAAUACUAAGGUGGAGCUCGAGAGCCUUCAUGCACUCAGAGAGUCUAUCAAUCUUCAGCCUCGAAAUGCAUUCGGCGGGUACUGGUACUUCACAUAUCCUAAUUGGAGCUAUCUAGACGGAAUAUAUUCCCUUAUUCCGUUCCUCUUGUCCUACACACCUGAAUUCAACCCACAGAAUCGCACUGUACAGCAAGAUGUUGUUCAUCAGCUUGAUCUUCUUUGGAGGCAUUGUUACCAUCAAAACUCGGGUCUUCUCGUUCACGGUUAUGACGCGUCAAAAACAGCAUCGUGGGCGAACCCUCUCACUGGGGCUAGUCCGGUUGUCUGGGGUCGCUCCAUGGGUUGGUACACGAUGACGCUCGUGGAUGCUUUGGAGUUAUCGUCCACUUUUCCCCCUUCCAUGUUCGAGUAUAUUCAUCGAAGGCUAGGCCACUUAUCUACAGCCGUUAUCUCCGCUGCAGAUAACGAUACCGGGUGCUGGUGGCAAGUGAUGGAUAGCCCUGACAGGGAAGGAAACUAUAUUGAGUCGAGUGGCUCGGCCAUGUUCACGACCGCCUUGUUUAGAGCGGCUCGUCUUGGCUAUCUUUCUGAUGAGCUUGCAUCUGAAGCACGUAACAUAGCGACAAAAUGCUACAGAUACCUCGUCGAUAAUUUUGUCGUUCAGAAAGAGAAUGGAACACUGGGCUACAAUGGUACAGUGUCAGUUUGCAGCCUAAAUUCAUCGGCUUCAUAUGACUAUUAUGUAUCGCAGCCUAUCCUAUACGAUAGUCUUCAUGGGAUGGCAGCUUUCGUGCAGGCGAGCUUAGAGCAGGAGAUGUUGAAUACUUCUACGGACAAUGUCUAG